AAGUUGGAUGAAACUAACAAAACAAACGAUUAAUGAGAAAAAGGGAUAUCAUAUUCUAUAGAGAUCUCCGUGAUUGGUUAAUCCUAGCGCCAGAUAAUUAAUUCAAGGCAUAGUUCAACAAGGUGGAUACAUUGAUUGUGGUUAAGGAGAAAGAAGGAUAUCAAAUUCAUAAGGAAUCCAGUCAUGGGAUUCUGUGAUGCGACGAAGCCUCGCAAACUAACGAAGGAUAAUGAUGGUCUGGCUAUACUCAUAGAAGAUAGGAUCAGCAGUUUACCAGACGUGUUAUUAGCUGAAAUACUUUCACUCCUUUCCACUAAGGAUGCUGUUGCUACAAGUGUUUUGUCUACACGGUGGAGGUAUGCUUAUACAUGGGUAGCAUCCCUUGACUUUGACGACUCACCUAUCUCUCAUUGUGUGCAGUAUCCACAUAUGAAAGAUAUAUUCCCUGUUUUCAAGAUAUUUGUUGAUAAGGUAUUGGAAGCCUUUCAGUCGUCUGAAAAUAUAUCCACUUUUAGGCUUCACUUUGGCCGAAGUAAAUGUUGUGAUAAGCUAAGUAGAUGUGAAAAACAUUGUUUUCCUGAUGUGGAACCUGUGAAUCUUAGUACCUGGCUGUGUUUUCCCUUAACCCACGGGGUUAGGAAGCUUGACAUUUGUGCUCAUGUGAGGGAACCUCACGCGCUGCCUUCUGCCAUUUUUACUUGUCAAACACUCGAGGUGUUGAAGCUCAAUGUGAAUCUCGACCUUGAACUUCCAUUGUCACUGUGUUUGCCGAACUUGAAAGAGUGCCAUCUCACUUUGAAAGAGUUUCCUACAGAUAAAUCUGUGCUGAGUAGUUUAGUUUCGAGCUGUCCUUCCCUUGAGCAACUGGAUUUGCUUGGAAUCUGGCUCCCAAUUUAUACCAUUAAAAUUCGCUCAACCUCUCUUCGUAGGUUAUCUCUACGUAAUUAUCUUUGGGAGUGCCCAAGGCAAAAGGUUGUACUUGAUGUUCCGAACUUGGAGUACCUACUGUAUGAUGAAGUUGCAUCUUGGAAUCUCACCAGCCAUUUUAGUGCUCUUGUUGAAGCUCAAGUUAAUAUUUCUUGCCCCCCUACUUGUCAAGAUGAAGUUGAAAGUGUACUUAGCCUUGUAAGCCCAUUGGCUAAUGUUCAGCGGUUGUAUCUGAUGCGAGGGUGUGUAGAGGUUUUGUCCUUGUCUAAUUUUGAGCAUCAGCUCCCUAACUUUCAUAAUCUGAGACAUUUGCAGCUGGGUUGUGAAUACCAUGUUUAUUGGUAUAAAAUGUUGAUGGAGCUGCUAAGGUGUGCACCUUUGCUAGAAAUACUCACUUUCACAGAGGGAAUCAUAGACCAUGUUCUUAGAUAUGAGGCAGAGGAGUACCCGGAAAUGUCUAAGUUGGAAUGCGAGUCAUGGAGUGGAAGUCAGAUAAUCCCAUCUUGUUUGCGAUCUCAUCUAAAAAGGAUUGUAAUAAACGACUACGAAGGGACAAAAUGGGAGCUGGAAAUGGUUAAAUAUUUUCUCAAGAACGCAUCAGUUUUGGAGGAACUGGUUGUAACUUGUCAUGAAUCAAUGGCGAUGGCAGACAGGAUAUCGCUGGGGAGCACAUUUCAGAAGUUAUCAAGAGCCUCGAUGGCUUGUUCAGUAAAAGCUGAAUGAUUUUAGGACUUAUAACAUACGUACACUGCAGUGGUUAGAAUAAGCAGCUUAGCAGCGUUCAUAGCUAUCUUAUUGUAUCUGUAGAAUUCUAACAGGCCAGUGUUCUCUUCUGUAUUUUUGGUCAUUCAUAAUUGUAGUACAUUAGAUUUAUGUCCAGUAUGUUGAAUAAUAAUUAUCAAUAUGAUUAUGCAGUUUACGUCUA